ACCGAUAGUUGCUUUGUUUUCUACGAAUUUUAUUCAUGCCGUUUUUGUUAGAAUUCGUUUGCUACUGUGAUCUCUGUACUGCGUAAUCCGGGGAGUGUGAGUGCAAAAUUUCCUAUCUUUUUUUAAUCGUCUACUAAUUUGAAUGAAGGCGAAUAAAUUCGAAUAUUUCUGAAUUCUAAUCAUUUUAAAUGUUUUUUUUGGUAUUGAUUCAAUGUGAUGCUGAGGAAAAUUUCUUUUUUUGUUAAUGGGUGUUAAUAGAAUUUCAAUUUAAUGAAGAGCAUUAGAUAUAUUCCGGCUCAGUGAGUGACGCAUAAGAGUUGUGCGUCGUUAUUAAUGAAACGCACAACAGUUAUGCGUCUUUAGGGAACGACGCACAAAGGUUAUGCGUCUUUAAAGAAUGACGCACAAAGAUUAUGCGUCUUUAAAUGACGCACAAAGGUUAUGCGUCGUUAAUGAAUGACGCAUAAGGGAUAUGCGUCGUUUAAGAAUGACGCAUAAGAGUUAUACGUCUAUAAAUCGGGCUUAAGAGGGCAGAAAGCUCCCAAUUCACAGACAGAAGCAGCGGAGCAUCGCGAAGAGGCGAUUUUCUCGACGAUUUUCGGCGAUUGGAGACGUUUUCCGACAAAUUUCAACCAAACUCCAAACAUAUUUCGUAUCUCUUGGGUGAAUGUUUUGAAGUAGAUGGCAUCUGCAAGUUCCGAACAACAGUUAUGUUAUGGACCUGAGGAUCCAUCACUACUGUUUCAUCAGAACGAACACAUUUCAGCCUCCUUGUUGGCGAAUGGCACAACAAAUGUGUUGAGAGUUCGUAGGACGGAGAGUAAGGUUUGGGCACUGCUAAUACAUGAAAAUGUGAUGUAUUGGCUUGAUGUAUGGGGGUUCAGAGGCGUGGUGCAAUGUGGAAGGCCGAUGAGGAUGGACAAUGAGCUAAUAACUGCCUUGAUCGAGCGCUGGAGGCCUGAGAGACACUGUUUCCACCUUCCAGUUGGUGAGGUUACUGUAACCUUACAGGAUGUGCAAAGCCUGUGGGGUUUGAGAGCAGGCGGGCAUGUUUUCACUGGCCGUGACUACCCUGUUGGAUUUGAAGAUUGGCCAAGCAAGUGUAGAGAUUUGUUGGGAUGGAUACCUGACGCAGAAACAGAAACGAAGCACGGUGGUUUGUUGAUGACGUCUCUGAUCCACCAAGCGACGAUGCCGUUGGGUGAUGGGCUGCCUGAGUAUGCUUACAUCCAAAGAGCACGUAUAAAUGCUCUGAUCUUGUUAGGGGGGCUUAUUUUACCGGACACCACAGGGUGCAAGGUCCCCUUUAUGUGGUUAAAUGCCUUAGACGAUCUGGAAGAUGUGGCUAAUAUCAGUUGGGGUAGUGCUGCUUUAGCAUACAUGUAUCAUUAUUUGUGCGAGGGUCUGUAGGCAGACAGAGAAGAGAUGUGGGUGGA